AUGAAGAUCCUACAGCUGUACAACACUCUGAUGUUUGUGACAUGGCCAAAGCCAGGCCGGGCCCGGCAGUCUAAAAGAAGCCCUGUAAUUACUACAAACUGGUUAGCCACCGUCUACCACAGCUCCUCGCAGGACCACCAUUUACUGGAAAUCCAGUCCCAAGCCCCAAGCAACCCCAGCCCCAGCCCACAACUUCAGCCUCAGCCCCAGCUACAGCUCCCCAGCCCCGGCCCCAGCUACAGCUCCCCAGCCCCAGCUACAGCCCCAGCUACGGCUCCCCAGCCCCAGCACCAGCUCCCCAGCCCCAGCUACAGCUCCCCAGCCCCAGCUACACUACAGCUCCCCAGCCCCAGCUACAGCUCCCCAGCCCCAGCUACAGCUCCCCAGCCCCAGCUACAGCCCCAGCUACGGCUCCCAAGCCCCAGCACCAGCUCCCCAGCCCCAGCUACAGCUCCCCAGCCCCAGCCACAGCUCCCCAGCCCCAGCCCCAGCUACAGCUCCCCAGCCCCAACCCCAGCUACAGCUCCCCAGCCCCAGCUACAGCUCCCCAGCCCCAGCUACAGCCCCAGCUACGGCUCCCCAGCCCCAGCACCAGCUCCCCAGCCCAAGCUACAGCUCCCCAGCCCCAGCCACAGCUCCCCACUACAGCCCCAGCUACAGCUCCCCAGCCCCAGCUACAGCUCCCCAGCCCCAGCUACAGCUCCCCAGCUACAGCCCCAGCUACGGCUCCCCAGCCCCAGCCCCAGCUCCCCAGCCCCAGCUACAGCUCCCCAGCCCCAGCUACAGCUCCACAGCCCCAGCUACAGCCCCAGCUACGCUCCCCAGCCACCGCCCCAGCUCCCCAGCCCCAGCACCAGCUCCCCAGCCCCAGCUACAGCUCCCCAGCCCCAGCUACAGCUCCCCAGCCCCAGCUACAGCUCCACAGCCCCAGCUACAGCCCCAGCUACGGCUCCCCAGCCCCAGCCCCAGCUCCCCAGCCCCAGCUACAGCUCCACAGCCCCAGCUACAGCUCCCCAGCCCCAGCUACAGCUCCCCAGCCCCAGCUACAGCUCCCCAGCCCCAACCCCAGCUACAGCUCCCCUGCCCCAGCUACGGCUCCCCAGCCCCAGCCCCAGCUCCCCAGCCCCAGCUACAGCUCCCCAGCCCCAGCUACAGCUCCCCAGCCCCAGCUACAGCCCCAGCUACGGCUCCCCAGCCCCAGCCCCAGCUCCCCAGCCCCAGCUACAGCUCCCCAGCCCCAACUACAGCUCCCCACUACAGCUCCCCAGCCCCAGCUACAGCUCCCCAGCCCCAACCCCAGCUACAGCCCCCCAGCCCCAGCUAGAGCUCCCCAACCCUAGUUACAGCUCCCCAGCCCCAACCCCAGCUACAGCUCCCCAGCCCCAGCUACAGCUCGCCAGCCCCAGCUUCAGCUCCCCAGCCCCAGCUACAGCUCCCCAACCCCAGUUACAGCUACCCAGCCCCAAUCCCAGCUACAGCUCCCCAGCAACAGCUCCAGCUCCCCAGCCCCAGCUACAGCUCCCCAGCCCCACUACAGCUCCCCAGCGACAGCUACAGCUCCCCAGCUACAGCUCCCCAGCCCCAGCUACAGCUACCCAGCCUCAGACCCAGCUACAGCUCCCCAGCCCCAGCUACAGCUCCCCAGCUACAUCUCACCUGCCCCAACUACAGCUCCCUAGCCCCAUAUACAGCUACCCAGCCUCAGCCCCAGCUACAUCUCCCCAGCUACAGCUCCCCAGCCCCAGCUACAGCUCCCCAGCCCCAGCUCAACAUCCCCAGCUACAGCUCCCCAGCUACAGCCCCCUAGCCCCAGCUACAGCUCCCACGCCCCAGCUACAGCUCCCACGCCCCAGCUACAGCUCCCCAGCUACAGCUCCCCAGCCCCAGCUACAGCUACCCAGCCUCAGCCCCAGCUACAGCUCCCCAGCCCCCAGCUACAGCUCCCCAGCUACAUCUCACCUGCCCCAACUACAGCUCCCUAGCCCCAUAUACAGCUACCCAGCCUCAGCCCCAGCUACAUCUCCCCAGCUACAGCUCCCCAGCCCCAGCUACAGCUCCCCAGCCCCAGCUCAACAUCCCCAGCUACAGCUCCCCAGCUACAGCCCCCUAGCCCCAGCUACAGCUCCCAUGCCCCAGCUACAGCUCCCCAGCCCCAGCCCCAGCUACAGCUCCCCAGCCCCAGCUACAGCUCCUCAGUCCCAGCUACAGCUCCCCAGCCCCAUUCCCAGCUACAGGUCCCCAGCUACAGGUCCCCAGCUACAGGUCUCCAGUCCCAGCUACAGGUCCCCAGCUACAGGUCCCCAGCCCCAGCUACAGGUCCCCAGCCUUAGCCCCAGCUACAGCUCCCCAGCCCCAGCUACAGUUCCCCAGCCUUAG